AUGACUUUUCGCGCCCCGCAACUCCAGAUCGUCUCCGACAUUCACCUAGAAAAUCCCAUCACCAAUCCGCAGUACUUACACACCAAGCUCAACGUCACCGGCAAUGUAUUGUUCCUACUUGGGGACAUUGGCCUAGUCAAGCACCAUGGUCUCUUCGUGUUCCUGCGAAAUCUCCUCGACGUGAACCGCAGCUGUCGCAUCUUCUACGUCCUAGGCAACCACGAAGCUUACCAGACGACCCUCGAAGAUGCCAUCGAGAAGAUGCGAGAAUUCGAGGACAUGGCAAGACAAGAAUACGCUGGUCGCUUCAGCUUCCUCUUCCGCGACCGGUGUGAUCUCAAUGAGCAAGUGACAGUACUGGGCUGCACACUCUGGAGUAGCAUUCAGCCCGAUCAAGCUGCAGAAGUUCGUUCUAGAAUGAAAGACUACAACCAAGAACGCGGCAUACAAGACUGGACGCCUGAAAGAAGUUGCACAGAACAUACCCGCGAUGUAGAGUGGCUGAACGAGCAAGUCAGCCACAUCCAAGCGACUGAACAGCAUAGGAGCAUAAUCAUUGCGACACACCACUGUCCUACAACUGAUCCUCGCGCGACUGACCCAAAGCACGCUUCUAGCUCCAUGAGUUCUGGUUUCUGCUCCGAUUUGUCAAUGGAACUAUGUUGGACGAGCCCGGCGGUCAAGGUGUGGGCUUUUGGACAUACGCAUUAUAGUUGUGCGUUCAGGAACCAUGUCACGGAUACGUUGGUCGUAUCGAAUCAGAAAGAUAAUGGUGGUAUUGUGGGGAGUGGCGAGAGUGCAAAGAGAAUGAAGACGGUAGCAGUAGAGCAAACGGGGGAUAGGUGGCAGGUUGUGGAGUACGUGCAGGCACUAGGGAAGCCAAGAUGGGAAAUGCAUGAAGUAACAGAGUGA